CAACACGUUCUCCGUGUGUCCGGGUCUGACUGUGUUCCGAAGCGCUGUGGCAGAACAUGGCUUUCUUCACCCACCAGCUCUGCAGAGGUCUCUCCACUUCUGCUGUCAGGAAUGUCGUUAUUAAGCACGUGACGAUCAUCGGCGGUGGACAGAUGGGCGCGGGGAUCGCACAGGUUGCUGCAUCAACUGGCCACUCCGUGACGCUGGUGGACACAUCUGACGACAUCCUGAAAAAGUCACUCAAAGGGAUUGAAGGGAGCCUUAAAAGAGUGGUCAAGAAGAAGUUUGCUGAUAAGCCAGAGGCAGGCGAAGAGUUCGUCCAGAAAGUCCUGCAGAAUGUGAGCACCUCGACAGAUGCUGGAUCUGUAGUUCAGGGCACGGAUCUUUUGUUGGAGGCCAUCGUGGAAAAUCUAAAAGUCAAACAGGAUCUCUUCGGACGUCUUGACAAGCUGGCACCGGCACACACCAUCUUUGCCAGCAACACAUCCUCCUUGCCCAUCGCUGACAUCGCCAGCUCCACCAACAGGCUGGACAGAUUCGGCGGCCUUCACUUCUUCAACCCAGUCCCUAUGAUGAAGCUUGUAGAGGUCAUUGGAACCUCAGCAACAAGCCAAGAGACUUUUGAUUCCCUCCUGAACUUCAGCAAAGAGCUCGGAAAAACACCAGUGUCCUGCAAGGAUACACCGGGAUUCAUUGUAAACCGCCUGCUUGUUCCUUACACAAUGGAGGCCAUCCGGCUGCAUGAGAGAGGUCAUGGAUCCAAAGAGGACAUUGAUAUUGCCAUGAAACUUGGUGCUGGUUAUCCUAUGGGACCCUUUGAGCUCUCAGACUAUGUAGGACUGGACACAAUAAAAUUCAUUAUGGACGGUUGGAGUGCAAAGGAACCUGACAACCCACUUUUUGCCCCCAGUGAAUUGCUGAACAAGCUGGUUGCAGAGGGCAAAUAUGGCAAAAAGACAGGAGAAGGAUUCUACAAGUACAAGUAAUUAAGUUUUGCUAGUUUAGUGUGGAGGGAUGUCACUGUGAAACUAGUCAGAACUUAAGAAAAUAAGCCAUCAAAGAGGACUAAUAAGAAAUGGAAAUGGGAAAAGUGCCUGUGCCUUCUACCUUAAAGGUCAGCUUUUGUCAGUCAGCUCAUUUUCUUAUGCACGUCCACUGAAUGACAUAUUUAUAUGUGUGAGGAGAUUAAAUGUAAUUAAAUAAAACAGAUUUUCCAAAUA